AGGUUUGCAGGCUCACACUUAGAUGUAAAGAAACACCUCAGGAAAUCAAGUGCUCAGGGAGCAAAAUAUAGGGAUCUCCCUGUCAUUCAUAUCAAUGCUUCAUUUAACAACACAGUCAUCACAUUGUCGGAUCAAAAAGGUCACAAAGCUAAAAGAAUGUGAAACGUUUGUGUGUUAACUGUAAAGUUGUGAGUUCAAAAUACAUCUUUGUCCCAGGGAUUAUAUAUUUCAAAGGACUCUUGAGGGGCUUUCAUAUUGGGGAUUAAUUAUAGAGGAGUGGGGCUUAGUGGCUGGGUUUGGUAUUGGAGAUCAAUUUGCAUGUUGCAAUUUAUAUUGGGGCAUUUACAACACAUUCUUGUUAAUGAUACCAAAACUAUAUUUAGGGAUGGUAAUUUGGUCAAUGAAAGGUUUACACUUGGGAAUCUCUGCUUCUGUCACUGACACCUUGGGCAAUGAAAACUUCUUAUAUGGAGUGCUGUCUUCUUUUGUAGCUACAACGUUUACUUGCAUGCAAAAAUAACACAUUUCUUAACUUUGCACUGUUGAUGAGGUUUAAAGCAUCACUGGCUGGUUUCCAUAUGAUGCUGUUAUCACUAUGAUUAAUGAAAUCGCUAAAAAUAUAGUUUUAGGCAAUUGUGGCAAUGGAUAAGUUUCAUAUGAUCGUUGCUGAAGGUCAAUGGGACCUGUGUCUCACAAAUGACCAUCGUUUUCUCCAUUCUUCAAAUUUAGGGUGCAUCACCUCUUUUCCUGAACCACAGAUUUCUUUUUCUUCUACUCACAGGGCACUUGAGUUAAAUCUUCCUCCUCGACCAAUUACUUUCCAGCUGUUGAUUUUCCUGUUGUUGUUUUAAUAUUCCUUUGGAAAUGUGGUAUAGUCAUGCAUAUAGAGAUAAAUUGCACACUUUCUCAGCAUCAGUGGUGGCAGCCAUCUUGAAAUGAGUGAGCAUACAUACAUAUACAUAACAUACAUAAAACUUUAUUAAUGUGUCUUGGAAUGUCUAGCCGAUGGGGUUAAGAACCCCUCUACUAAUUGGGGACACCUAACGAUAUAAUAUAGUUACCUAACGAUAUAAUAUAGUUAAAAACCUACUAACUAUCAACUAAUGAAAUAAUUGAUUUAAAAAGAUUAAGAAUUACAAAGGAUGCAAUUGGAGCAAUUGUCGUCGUCUAUCAUUACACCUAGAUCAAAUUUACGAAUACAAUUUUUGAAACUAAAUAAUGAUGGGAGAGUUCUGAUUUCGCUUGGUAGCUUAUUCCACAACUUUGGUCCCAGGUAGGUGAGCGAGUGUUUACCAUAUUUAUUGGUCCUAAAUCUGGGAAUGGCGAACUCUGCCGUCCUCAAGUUGUAGGGUGAGCAAUGCGCGUGAAAUAGCUCGGAUAUUUUGAUGGGGCAUAGUUUGUGUUUCACCUUAUACAUAAGGAUAGCAAUAUCUUGCAGUCUUCAGUUCUGAAGAGUCGUUAGGUCACUUUUGUCCAGCAAUGCUUGGUAGCUUGAUUGCUUAUCUAGGAAAACUGCGCGAAGUGCUCUUUCUUGGAUCCGUUCAAGCUUUCUUUUGUCGGUAGCACUACAGAAAUGCCAAGUCAGGUGGCAAUAGGUUAAGUAAGGCAAUAUGGCUGAUUUAUACAGAGUUAAUUUAGCAUUGGUAGGGACAGGUUUUUUAAGCCUUAACAUUACACCUACCCUUUGACUCGCCUUCUUACAUACAGUUGACUCCCGAUAACUCGAACCUUCAAGGGAAAUCGAAAAAGGUUCGAGUUAUCGAGAGUUCGAGUUAUCGGGAGCUCGAAGAAAAUAGCCGGGAGUAAGGAAAAAAACAGUUCUUACUGCACAGUGAGCAUUUUAAUCACAUUUAAUUGUAGAAAUGUUGAGUGAAAAUUGAAAGAUACUUUUAGAUUAUAAAUGAGAACGUAAAGUAACAAAACGUUGCCUAAAUAGAGCAUGCAUUUUACUUUUUGAGAAGUAAAGCUAUUUCACGUUAGAUUUGUGACACACAACAUCAGCCUCCACUAUCGAUCCACUAGUAAACUAGAUGCCUACAACACGUCAAUGGGAAAUUCAAAAUUCAAUGCUUCGGAGGCAGUACACUGUUUUUUCCCGACGUUUUAAGGGCUCAAAACAUGGUUCGAGUUAUUGAGGGUAAAAUUAUGUAGAAAUGAUCUGAGGGGAAACAAAAAUUACUUCGAGUUACCGGGAGUUUCGAGUUAUCGAGGGUUCGAGUUACCGAGGGUAAAAUUACAGUAAAUGUAUGACGGAAAUCCAGGGGAAAUCGAUUUUGGUUCGAGUUAGCGCGAGGUUCGAGUUAGUGAGGGUUCGAAUUAUCGAGAGUCAACUGUAUUUCGUUAAUGUGAGUGUUAAAAUUCAACUGUUCAUCUAUGGUGACCCCUAGCAAUUUAAGACAGUCAGAAGAUUCGAUGGUGUUUCCUUGAAAGUGUAAUGGAGUGUUACUUUCUGUCUUGUUAUGCUUUAAAGUCAUAGUUUGAUAUUUGCUCAGGUCUCCUUGUAGCAGAUUGCUAGCGUACCAUUCGGAGGCCCUAUUGGCAUUCCUCAUAAGAUUGGUGUCAGCCAUUUUCAGGUUCCCCGCUGUUUCAUACAUUUGAUGGUCAUCCGCGUAUAUAGAGAGAUGCGAAGUUAUUACGUAUGUCAGAUCGUUUUGAAAGAUGUUCCAUAACAAUGGGCCAAGGGCCGAUCCUUGUGGACAACCCCUAUCUGUACGCUUCUAUUCACUUCUGAAAGCUCCCAGUUUCACUCGGUUCAGUCGAUUACACAGGUAAGAUCGAAGUGGAUCACAUAGUUCGUCAUUAAAACCAUACGCUUUUAAUUUGCUGAUCAUUAAGGACGGAUGAAGCGAAUCAAAAGCCUUACUCAAGUCGGUAGAUAACAUUUUAACAAUUUGCUGGUUAUCACGUGCUGAUUUCCACGCUUCAAUAAGACUUAUCAAUGUUGUUUCACAACUAUGGCGUUUACGAUAUGCCGUAAUUCGGGGAUCCAGACGGCUGUCGAAUUGCUUAGAAAUCUGGUCGCUAAGUAGCUGCUCGAACACCUUACUAACCACUGGAAGGACAGUUAUUGGUCGAUAGUUCCGACAAUCUUGUGGAUCCUCUUUCUUAAAGACGGGCCUCCAUUCCCCCCUUUUCCAGUUGUUUGGCCAUUGUCGGUUUGUAAUACAUGAAUUGUACAGAUUCGCCAGUGGUAUAGCAAGUUUUUCCGCUCCAUAUUUCAGUACUCUGGCUGGCAUAUUGUCAUAUCCUGAUGCUUUCCUCGUAUCAAGUGACUCCAGAGCCCUUCUAACUUGUGCUUGGUUGACUGGAUUGGACUCGAUCAUUGGUUCUGAACUACUCGCCAUUUCUAUUUGCAAGACACUUGGAUGAUUAUUUAAGUCAUUCUCCGAGGAGUUUCUUAAGUUGACAUCUCCAAUAUCGCUUGCUAUCGUAGCAAAGUGACCUGCUAAUAUUUCCGCAACAGUCUCUUGGUUGCUAAUGAUCUUGCCGUCAACUUUUAAGUUAAUAUCAGUCCCCAAGACCCCUUUCUUAGAUCCAAGAAACGGUUUAAAAGUUUCAAAGAACUUUCUUGUGUUUUCUUUAAGGUCAGACGUCUUUUUCGUCCAGUAUUGCCGUACAGCAAUUCUUCUUUGUCUGGUUGCCUCAUUUCGACAUUUCUCUUUCUCUUCCCAGUUUUGUUGUGUCCUUUCAUUUAGAUACUUCUUAAAAGCUCUUCUCUUUGCUCGGAUGGCAUUUUUCCAUGCGGUCGUCAUAUAGGGUAUGUCUUUAUCCCUAACUCGCUUCUUUUUCUGAGGGAAGCAUUCGUCCAUAAUGUCUUGCAUGAUUGUAUUCCAAUAAUACACCUUGUCCUCAACAUCAUCAAACAAGUUUCCGACAUGCCAAGGUGCCGUCAUUAGUAGGUUGUCAUAUUUCACCGGAUCAAAAUUUUUGUAACUCCUGAAAUGGAUGAUUCUACGUGAAUGUUUCCUCGCUUUUUCUUUCAUUAUACCAUAGAUGAGCAUAUGAUCACUUAGAGCAGGGUCGUAAACUCCUCCUCCAAUGAACAGGUCUGGUUGGUUGGUCAGCAGUACAUCGAUAAGCGUGGCUGUUGUUGUUGUUCCGUUUCUAUCCAAUCUAGUUGGCUGCUUUAUAAGACAUUCAAAGCCUGCACCAUUUCGAGGUCCAGGAGUAAUUUGCCCUCCUUUCUCUGAGGCCUUAGCCUAUCUAGGUUAAGGUCACCAAUGACAGUCACUGCUUCUCUUUGAAGCUACGCCCAAGUACAAAUGUGGUUCAGUUCUUCCUCUAGCGAUUGCUGGUAUGCUCCCACUAAUGGCCUUGGUGGUCGGUAAAGACCAAUUAUUAUCAUGUUUAUCUUCCCAAUUUUCACAUCCAGCACAAUUGGCUCUAGACAAUGGUAGUGACGAUCAGGUUUUAAUCUCCUACAUGGGACUACGGUGGAGAUGAGUGCCAAAGUACCACCACCGCCUUUUUUCCUGUCAUUUCGAUAUAACGAAUAACCAGGCAGGUUAAAUUGAUCCUUUGGGUAAGUGGAGUCGAUUUUUGUUUCACUUAUAGGUACAAUCUGCGCUUUCAGGGAUUUAAUCGUCUCAGUCAGUUCUUCAAAUUUGUUUUGUAUGCUGUUGAUGUUCAAAUGACACAGCAUUGUUCCUUGUACACUUGUUAUCCCUCGAGCUUCAAUCGCCUCGGGUGGUGUGGAUCUGUUAUUAUUAUGUUGCUAUGAUAGCUGCAAUUACAGGAGAGUGGUUUCCAUAAUUAUGAUCACUGCGGUCCUUAAACUUUUUUUCAUCGAUCGCAAUGAUCGUAGAGAUGGUAGAGUUAGUAGCUAUGUCAGUUCUUGGCCAGUUAACAACAGGGGCAUGAAACCAGUAACUAUGGUCCAUUGUUCCUUGAAGUCUCUGUAGAAUUUAAGCUUUAAGUUGAUGUAUAAACAUUUUAAAAAUUUAUUCAUGGUAUGUGCUCCCAGCAACCCUUAAUUUUUAAACAAGCAUGAUCAUGGUCAGACUCAAUAACACUCAUUCAAAUUGACUUCCUUGUAUUUUGUGUAAAUUACAUUUAAAUUUCAUUUAAUACAUCUUGUUUAAUAUUAUUUAAUUUAAUUAUUUAUGAAUAAUUUCGUUGAAUACAUUGCUGUUUUUGUUUUUGUAGGAAAGACACUGGGAUGGGUAUCUGCAGUAAGUGACUGUUGGUUAACACUGUCUUGAUUUGCAUUUCAAACAGUUUUAUUGUUAUACACCAUUACAGCUGUCAGUUUUUUUGUUCAUAAUGCAAGGUCUUUUAGGACUGCACUGUCUCUUCCUUAUACUUAGGGAACUGAGGGUUUUCAAAAUGCACGUCGUGGGAGUAGCACAGCAGGCAGGCAAGCUGGUAUAACAGCUGCUUAUGUAAGUUUUAAGAUUCAACUUAAAUUUGUGAGGGGAAUGCAGAAGGGAUUUACAAGAUUUAUUGUUAUAAUGCACUUUUCAGUAUUUUAAUAAUUUGUAGAAAAGUUCAUUAUUGUGUUAUUGUUCUUACAUGAUCUUAUGACCUUUUAUUAUUUAAACAUCAGUUUUAAAAUGUUAUUGAUAAUCAAACUGAUCACUGAUACCCACUGUAAUGGUUUUGUAUCGCUUUGUUUACAAAACAAUCCAACUGACAUUAAAUGUAAUUUUUUCUUGGAAUGGCUUUUUAACUCGGUUAGGAAGGUCAACAUAAUUUUCUUUGAAUAGUUCGCAGUUUAUUAGGGAACUUAAGCAACGGUGUUUUUGAGCGACGGACGUCAACCGGAAGUGGACUUUUUGCGUCAUUAGGCAGUGGUUUGGUUGAAACUCUCUGGUAAAUCGUCUUUAUAAGAGAAAAGAAACUUAGUAAUACAAAUUUGUUAGCGUCAAGGCAGAUAAAAAGGGAGAAGGCCUCACUUCCGGUUGACGUGCGUCGCUCAAAAACGUCUUUGCUUAAGCUCCCUAUUGUCAGACAUAUUGAACAACAGUGUUUAUCUUUUGGUUUACUUUAGAAGGCAAUUUCGCAUGGAAUAGAAACUGCGCGGAUCAAAGUCCGUGGCAUAGGAACAGGAAGGCAGGUAAGGCUCUUUUCACGUUGUCUAUUCCGUCUAUUUGGUCAGCCUGGCAUUUUUUGCUACUGAACACCGUCUAGUCUUGAAAUGUAAUGAGAGCAAAAUCACCCUAUAAAGUGUAGAGAAAAGUAGACACGUUAACUCGUAUUUUAUAAAUUUCAUAAUUUGUCGCAAUUUCAAAAUUGUAAAAUGUGCGUUUUCCCCCAAGUGUUCUGAUUUUUUGCAAAUUUGAAAUUUUGCCCUCAUCCCUCCUUGAACACAUGCGUAUUUUCUCUUUCUCUCUCUCUCUCUGGUCUAUUAGUUCUCCUGUUGUGAGCAGAUUCUACAGGUGUUGCAAAUUCCAUAGUUUCAACUAAUGACACCUUGCAAGAUGUGUGUACGUCUUCGUGUGAUCCAUCAUACAUACACAAUGUACAUUCUAUGUGGAUUGGACAAGAUUUCCAAAAUUCGCAAGUCGUAAAAAAAUCGGUUAUUUCAUCAUUUUGAGAGUUUUUGAGCAGUCGAGAUUCUGUUAACGUAAAAAACGUUUUUGGCCGAAUUAUAAGCAUACCUAAUACAUUUUUGUUGAGUUCGUUAAAGUACGUUACGAGAAUAAACACCUCUCUCUUUUAAACGCCUCAUAUCUAUUUCAAAAAAGCCCCCUCUUUGACCUCUAAAAUAAAAUAAACGCCAAGGGCGCUUAUUAUGCCAAAUCAAAUUUUAUGGGUCAAAUAGAUCCUUCUUUAUUAGAUCGUGUGAUAUGUUUUUCCAUACAAGCACAAUCAGAAACGGAGUCUGUUGUGUCCCUAACACUGAGUGUUUUCGGAAUGGGCUGGUCCGCGAACUCAAAGAAAAACAAAGGAAAUUAUCGAGACAUUCAAUGACAUCAAAGACUCAUGGACCCCAUAUACGUAAUAGCAAAUCGGAAUAUCAGGAGUGUACGUGUAAAAUGGAUAAGAGUUUGAUCAGAGGAAUGUUUAACAAGUUUGAGAGUCGCAAGAUUUGUGUAGCUGGUUAUCAGUGUGGCAAUAGUGAUUUUGACUUUUGCAUUGCGGAACAUAACGAGUUGCCUGUGAUAAAAAUCUGUUCCGAUGAAGGAAGAGACGAUUGUCAACAACUAAAACCAAAAGGGACUGAGGCUUCUUUUGGAACUACUGUGAUAACUGCAACAAUUCUUUAUAUUAUUUCAAUUUUGUUUAGAAGGCUGACGGUUAAUGUACUUGUUUUUGUAUUGCGUGUUGUGUUUUUUCAUCUAAUUGUGUAUAUUGUGACGCCGUACAUGUACGAUGCCGUGUGUCGCAAUUUUGCAUUAUCAGCAAGUUUUGUGUUAGAGUGUUUUGAUGGCGGCGAGGUGACGACAAGAGAAGGUAAUGAGCUAGUUGUACAGAAGGAAAAUUGUGUUGUCAGGAAAUAAAAGAGGUUGAAUUGACAUCUCGUCGCGGGAAAUUUAUUUAUGACAGAACUUACAAUUACAUUGGUUUAAAUAAGGUUAGUCAAUUAUAUUUUCGGCAAGACAAAUUACCUUAAAAUCGAGAUUGUAAUUCGAAACUCGCGUUGUUUUCAAAAUUUGCAUAAAUCGGGCGCUGCAAAGAAAUAUUUAGGUUACAAGCACUUCGAAAUACUGUACCUUCAAAACGGCAUAGCUUUUACUUGUGCUAUAUCUUUCAAAACCAUCGAUCGAUUCUAGCUCAAAAACUCUCAAAGCGGUGGUUUAAAUGUUAAAGCCCGUGGCUGGUUGAAAUCGUCUCUUCUUUGUUUUCAAACGAUUUAAGGGUGUGUUCCUUUCGACGAAUCCAAGAACGGAUUUUUUAUCCUAGAAUUGCCAGAUUUCGCGGUCGAAAGGAACGUGAAAUGCGAAAUUGGAUUUGUAACCUUGGUAACCUUUCGCCAACGCGUGCAAUAAGCACGACAGCCUUUCAAGAAAUGACGUGUUUUCUACUGUUUGACAAAUUAUGCGAUUAUACCGUGCAGAAUUUAGUGGUCGGCAGUUCGAAUAGCGACGAUGGAACAUAUAAAACAGACAAAGAAAGAAGCGCAAUAAAAUUGAAAAUUAUCUAAAGAAUGUCGGCCAGUUUGAUCCAGUUCCGUAGCUCGGAUUUUUUCAUGUAAUACGAUCGAGUGCCUGUCGCGUCUAUAAGCGAGUUUGUAGUUAGAUAGCAGUUCAUUUGUUACUUUUACUUAUUUCUGAUUUCAAGCAAUCUUUAGAGACAAAUGGUUAGUAUAUGGAUAUUUUAAUGUACCAAGAACAAUCUUCUAGUGUUUUCAGAUGUUUUGCGGCAAAUGACAGCAACGAGGAAACUCUACGGCCUCUAUGGGAAUACUUCAACUGGAAAUACCGCUGGAUCAUCUGACUAAUUUCGGAUUCACUGUGAAUGGAACAGCGUAGAUCACUAAUCCUCUAAUCUGGAUUUGGAUUCUUCGGAUUUCAAAUCCAAUGAUUCCUUUUUCAAAAAGGAUGCACCAGAUCCAAAAUCCAGAUUUGGAUUUGCCGAAAGGCACGCAAAAUCCGUUCUUAGAUCUAAAAUCCGUUUUUGGAUUCACCGAAAGGAACACACCCUUAGGAUGGAUCGAAUCGACUUCGCAUCGAUUAUUAUUUUAUCAGCUUGUGGUACGAACGAAACGUUUUUCUUCUCGAUAAAGUUCACUCAACAAAUUUAGAAAGAUUUACUUGACUUUUCAUAUGUGGAACGAACUGACUAUUUUAUGGAACGAUCUGACCAUGGAAGGAAAUGGCCGGUUACCCUCGCGUCAUGCACCUAGCAGACUACCGAUGAACAAAUUAAAAUCUUUGAUACAGAAAACACAGAAAGUCACUCUUUUUGUACGGUAGAGUAUUCGGAAAAAUACACCAUUGUCGUCUGAAAUUCAUUGUUUUUUGUCUUUAAAAAGAGAAAAGGUUUACACUUAAACAGGCGCAGAGGUAACUGUAACAGUAUGAGGUUUUUGUGUAAGGGGCGACUCCAAAACUAGUUCAUAAACGAGGGAAGGUGUAUCUGUCGUCUAAGCAUCAAAGCACAGGUGAUUUAGGUGGAAUGAGAUAUCCAAAUAGGCUUUUAAGUAAGAAUUUGCCCCUCUGUACAUGCAAUUAUCCAUUUUAUGGUGCUUACAACAGUUUGAAUAACCGGGUUAAUUUUGGCCAAUUUAAGCUUUGUACUGAUAUCGAGAAGAAUUCAGAACCUUCAGUUUAUGUAGAUGCUAAUGCUCCAUGUUACAGUAUUUAGUGAAAAUGCUGGACAACAAUGUGUCGCAAUGAGUCUGUGCGGUUUAAUUUACAGUAAGAUAACAAAGAUUACUUCAGUUGAUGAUGACUCAAAUAAUGAUUGUUGGUAUUCAAUUAUAUUCUAGUCUGUCACUGCUUGCAAAACAAUCUAUGUCAAUGUUAACAGAAUUGCCAGGAAUGGUUACAGUGUUUGAGCAAUUUUUCCACCUUGAAUACAGUGACAGUUAUACUUGUAACAUCCAUCACUACUGUAUAUGCCACUCACAGGGUACUGCAUUUGAAACACUCUUGGCACUGAACUACAACUCAUUCAUUUUAACGGGGGCAAUUAUUGGUGUUGGUAUCUACGGCAUUGAGGCUGGGGGAUAUAAUGUAUUUGAUUCUCAUGCUAGAGAUAUGUAUCAUAACAGUCAUAGUGAAGGGACAUGUGUAUUGUUGGAAAUACCAUCCAUGCAUAAAUUAGUACAAUAUUUUCAGACCCUACAUAGGAAUGAGGAUAUAUAUGAACUUAAAGGUGUACAUAUUGCCACCUUUGAACCUCAUCUUUUCUCAAGCAAUGUUGAACAUUGUAGUAUAUCAAAUGUUAAUAGUUACCAAUGUUCCUGUAAACAGUGCUGCCCUAUAGCAGUUUAUGCAAUGUGUACUCUCUUAUUAAUCCUUGUGGAUACUGGACUUAAGGAACUUUAUUUGCCCUUGUUAGUAACCGGAAUACACUGUACAAUGUGGUGGGUGUGAAAACACGUCUGUGAGUAUCAGAGGAGCUGGGAUAAACCUUACUCUCCGGGCUGUAACCACUUAUGUCCUAUGUUGUAAUUUGGCUCCACGCAUGUCUGCAUUGAAGAUGUGCAUAUUUUCAAACAUUGUCAUGAAAUGACACUAUUUUUGUUGUGGAUUGGGACAUACUGUAUAAGCUGUGUGGUUCAGCAAACAAGUGGAGUAAAGGAUUUGUCUUCUCUGGUAAGAUGUGAUGACAGUUCUUUAGCUGCAAUAAGGCAUGUUCAAAGUAUCAUACGAAUAGUACGACCACGCCCAAAUAUACGCUCCCACAGCGUCUUGUUAUUUUAGCUUUCCGGGGUUUGAACCGACUCACCUGUGUGACCCGUCAGAUCAUAGGAGACUCUAAGUUGAGGGAUUAGCCGAUUGCGCUACUGCGACCCAAGGUAGUUCGGGAUAUGAAAAAUAGUUAUGAAAUGAUGCACUAGUUUCGGGACAAGAUUGGGCGUGCAAGUUCGUGACUUGUCGGCUUGUUUCGGCUGUUUCACGAAAUGAGACCGGACUACUUCGUGAUAUCUUGAGGUCACUUCCAGUUUAGAGGAUAUUACGUGGCCGCGUAGAGACACGAAAUUUCUGUUCGAGUGUUGGAAAACAUUUCACGAGUGAGCCCUCCUUUCGAACUGUUUUACGAUGAAUUUAAAGUUACAAGAUGCUGCACAAAGACAUUUUGUCUUUGUUAAGUGUUACGUAGUAAAAUUGCUGUCAUGCGUUGCGUGACUUUCUCGAACGUUCUCUACGUUUUUGGAUUAUUCAUGAAUAAUUAAUUAGGGCAUGUUUACAUUUCAGCGUGAGUCAGCAGAUUUGCAUCAGUUACUGAAAUGUGUGUGACGAAGGUCGGUUUUCAAGUUCUGUGUUUACAAGUUGGCGGAAGCCGUAAGAUAUCUGAAGUUCAAGUCAGAGUUUGUUAUUAUUGGCAGAGGCUGUUUAGUUUUACUUAAGUUCAAAUUUUUGUGUCGGCGGAUGCUGUGUUUAAAGCUCUGCAAAGGCUAUGUUCGUCUGGUAUCAAACUUCCUUGUGUUAAUCCGACGUCCCUGCGUGCUGAUAGUCAGUGAAUAAUUAUCCUCAAAACAUUCGAACUCGUAACAUUGAGUUUUAGCCAAUUCCAUGCUCAACGUAAUUGACUGCUUACCCAUGCCUUUCAUAUCUCAGUACAUGGAGACUGCUAUGCUGUUUUUGAAGCGUGAUGUGACUAAGAAAAGUAGAGAAUUCUUUUUUUCACUGUUUGUUUUGUUAGACUUGUUAUUCACCGCCAGUAACCUCAUACUUGACUUAGGUCUAAACGUUUAGACUAGAGGCAAAUUUAGAAGGAUUUGUAUGGAGUCAUCAGAACAUAACUGGGCUAAUAUCUCGAGAGACAAUUUGUCCCGAAAUGCUAGUUUUUGGCAAGUAGGCCUCUUGGAUGUUGCUCUUUUCAGAAUAUCCUGACAAAUUCCAUAAUUGCACAAAUUAAGACCUUACUCUUACCAUAUUUCAUUUCUUACUAUUUCUCCGCAUUUACAAUUAAUCAGUUCCACAACCACGACGCCGAAGUGUACGCUCCGUAGCGUCUUGUUCAUUCUAUUUUAUUCUCUGAAAAUAGUGUGAAAUAAAUGAACCUUGAACCUAGUGCUAUUGCCAGUGCUACUGCUAAUGCUACUGCUACUGCUACAACUACUGCUACUUCUAGUGCUGCUGCUACUGGUAGUGCUACUGUUAGUGCUAGUGCUAGUACCCGUGGUACUGCUAGUGCUAGUGAUACUGCUAGUGCUAGUGAGGCCCAUGUCCCCCGUCUGAAUUUCACAGCCAGCUAUGUCGCAAUUUCGGAACAUUCUCGUGUCGCCUCUCGGAAUUUCAAUAAUAAUUUUUUAGCUCGUUACCAAUCUGACAAUCUGCAUUUGCUGCAACGGCGCCAACGGAACAUACGGCCUCUAUCUUUAGUACUUUUAAGCCCAGGGUUUUAAGACCUUUAUAAAUGUUUGAUAUUCAUUCAGACUGCUUGGAAUAGUAAUUGAAGUCAAUAAAAUUGCAUUUAGUAAACUAUACAAGUGUAGAGAUAUUUUUAAAAUGGCUUGGAGUGAAUCGAGGCCUAAUCUGACAAAACGCUCGAGCUAUCAUAACGUUUCUAAAAUUCUGGUAGUGCUAGAGUCUAAUGUUUCUUCUCAGUUAAACUCUGAUUUAGUUGUCAGACUGUGUUUUUCCGUAACUAUAACAACCCACGAGGAAGGACAUUAUCAACCAUUCCCAUUCAUUAUCUGUAAGGCGUGCGUUUACAAGAAGUCUGUGAAAAAUGAACUAAAGGUCCAGACGAUUUGGGGCGGAUGGCAGUUCUCCCGGAUGUUGUGCGAAGUGGCAUUCCUCCAAAGACGACGUCUUCUGGGUUUUCACCAUCAUCAGAGUCGAGCUCGCUGUCCUCUUCACCGCCUUCUUUAUCUGGCAAAAGGUCUUCCACGUCAUUUUGGUAUCGAAGAAAUGUCUCGUAUGAUACCUCCGUCAAUUUCACAAAACCGCACCCUUUUGCAAAAUGCUCUUCCCCCACUUUACUGACGAUAGCAUCUCGGUGGAUUCGUACGCUUUCAUUCAAAGUAAACAGCAGACAAGAAACAAAAAACUCAAUAUCACAAAAAGAAUUCUCUUCCUUGUCGGUGACAUCAGCUACGACAAUUCCAACAAACAAGGGUCCCCUGUCCGGGUAUCCACGUAUGUGGUCGCGCUUGUCGACCACAACACUGUUGUCACUGUUGGCCUCAAAUAAAAUGGCUCCUCUGACAGCUUCCUGCUCAAUCUCUGUGACCACUGUUUCUCUAGCUGUGAGGUCGUCUCUGGUGGAAAAAUCUAAUGGUCUUGGAAGCUGAUCUGGUGUUGUGUAUGCGAACAAUGAAAGUGUACCUACAUUGUCCUUGGUAUUUUGAUUUCGAACGGUCAGCUGACGGACCGGUUUACCAAAGCUGUCCCUCCAGUCUCUCAUCAACCUCUGGUCAUCUUUUGCCAUUUCUACUUACGGUGGAACAGACAAAGAAGGCAGGUCUCGAAACGGGAGUUUCAUCUCAUCUGGUACUUCAUAAUAAGAGUGUGGGGAAGUGUAGUAGACAAAGCCAAUGCCAGUGAGUUGUUUCAAUGACUCGCGAAUGGUGGGCGCAAAUAGAUGUGCAAACUCCAAGGCAGUUGGCGUGUCAUUUCUGGAUCGCAUUUGACUGAAAAAGUUCUCCACAACAAGUGUGAAAGUGGCGACCAGUUUGAGAAAGCUGGUCGCUCUCUUCUUUCUAACUUGUCUUGGUUUUCUCGCUUUUUCUUUCCCUUUUUGUGUUUUUUGUGUUUUCCCAUGCCGUUGAUACCGUCAACGGCACUCCGACGACCCGCUAAUGACUCUGAUAGUGAUGUAUUUCAAUAACUCGCUUACCAUUUGGAACACCGAGAUGAACGGGAUUGAUAAAGAAAAAAAUCUCUCUAACAGAUUGAUGGAGCGCGCACGUGGGUCAUGCAAGGAGGAGAACAUGACACGCAAAGCGGCAAAGUCCUCAAGAGUGAUGCACUGAACACGUCAAUCAAAUGAAAUGAACAAUCAAAACAGCAGUAAAAUGAGACGUAUUUCUGUUUGCCUUUAUUGGACCCUUAUUAGCCAUUAUUGGCCAUUAUUGAUCAUUAUUCAGUAGUUGCUACCGAAUAGUGUACGCGCAAAUGUUCUGCAGGACAUUCACAAUUCUGUCAAUUCUCAAAUUCGCUGUCGGACAGUCUUGACAUUGGUGUCGCUUUCGCUAAUUCGUUGCAAUAGUCUGUCGGUCGUCGCCAGUUCGAGGCUCUCAUGUCGCCGGUUCAAGGCCUUGUCGCUUGUCGAAAUUUACCCCUAACAGGGCCUCGCUAGUGGUACUGCUAGUGCUGUUGCUAGUGCUACUGCUAGUGGUACUGCUACUGCUACUGCUUCUGCUGGUGCUAGUGCUAGUGCUACUGCUACUGCUACUACUGACAUUACUACUGCUAGUGCUAGUUCUACUGCUACUACUACUACUACUAUUACUACAACCACUACUACUACUGCUACUACUACUACUACUACUGCUUCUGCUGCUGCUGCUACUACUAUUAUAAUAAUAAUAGGUUUUUGUGGCGCAUUUAAAGAAUUCUCAAUGCGCUUACAACAGUAAAUUAAGUCUAAAUGAACCAUCUACAGUAAUUAUUUCUAAAAGGAAAAGUUUACAAACUUUGCUUAAAAGUGGAAAGAUUCAGAGUAUUUUAUAUGAUCAGGUAGACUUUUCAAGAUUUUUGGUCCAUAAUAUGAAAAUGAGCGGUGUCCAUAAGUCACAGUAUUAACGGAAGGAACUUGUAAAAACAAUCUAUUAAACGAGCGGAGUAAACGAGCCGGCUGGUAUUUGAGAAGGAGUGAAGACAAAUGGUAAGGAGCUAAAUCAUUUAAAUUUCCAAAUAUUAAAAGCAGUAUUUGAAAAUCGAUGAGUGCACCAAUAGGAGGCCAGUGCAAGUCUUUCAUGACAGGAGUUAUAUCGUCAGAUCUCCUUAUACCUGAAACCACGCGUGAGGCACAGUUGUGAACACGUUAAAGCUUGUCUAUUUCUCGCUUGGAUAAACUACAGUAUAAACUGUUACAAUGAUCCAAGCGCGACGUAACAAAAGUAUUGACCAUCAUCUUAAAGUGAUCCUUGCUCAGAUACUUCCUCAAUCCGCCAAUAAAUCGAAUCGCAAGCACAGCCUUUUUUUGCAUGUUUCGUUAAUAUGAUGACUAAGACUAAGCUCUCUAUCUAGGUUAACACCAAGAUUUCAAACUCGCGUUGAUUGUUAUACUCUAGCGUUCCCAGUCAAAACAUCACGGAGAAUUGGGUACUUGUCGAACCGACAACUAAACUGAAUGACCGCUGUUUUACUAGGAUUGCACACUAACUUAUGAUAGGAGAGAGACGAUUGCGGCGAAGGUGUUCGACGAAAUAUGUGCAGAUCAAUUUCACAGUCACCACAUACCACUUCCUAGCGGAGUGCCGCGCCAAGCGCCGCGCGUGGACGGAGCCCCAUAGCUAAGGAAAUGUGGUAAUCUACCCAUCCGAGAAAAUUUGGUAAUCACGUGACCGUACACCGACCGACCGACCCCCGACCGACCCCCGACCGUCCGUCCGCACUACAGGCACACCAAUGUAAAAUAACUCAAUCAACAGGUAUGGCAACCCAAAUACAACUCAAGGUUUUAUUUCGAAGGAAAUAACAUGGCCGCCCGGACUUUUAGAAAGAAAAAACAACAACAAAGUCGUGUCAUUUUCGGAGUUAUUUUUUAUGUUUACACUAACGUGGAUAACAGAAAAAGAGCUAGAGCGAGUUACUGAAAACAAAGGAGACGAAUUUCGCAGGAAGAAAAACAUGGAAAUUCAAAGCGGCGGUGAGAAAGUGAGAAAUGCUAGCGGCCACCAAGGUGAAAAUGAGCGGCGGUGAAAAAUAAAAGCGAACAUGAACACUGGAAACAAAAUAUUGGGUAAGCACAUAUGACACUUCCUCCAUAGAAAUAAUUUGUAACUAGGAAGUUUGACGUUUUAGUCGUACAAAACAGCGUUGUAGUCGUGCAAAACAACGGCAAGGGAAAGACAAAAAAGUGUGCUGCACGUGCAAUUUGUUUUUUUUUGCUUAUUAGAUCUAUUAGUCUUGAAGCCAUUUUCAUUGUCGUCCCCGUUUAGCAUUACACGAUUUAAUUUUUUCUGUUUACACGUAUUAUUAACCAGAGCUUCGCUUUUAGCCCUAGCCACUCUCUGAGGAAACGGAGAACAUUUAUUAUUUCAGUCCUUGAAAAUGCCUUGAUUUUUUCCUCCAAAAAUUCUGUAUGAAUCAUGAGUUAAGAACUAGAAGUCAUCUGUUUGUUAUUGUAUACAUACGUACUUUGCGUAUGCUUAUGAAUUUGCAAUUUUAAAGUAGUUUUAAAAAUUUUCAAAAAUGAUCUUCCUCAGGUAUUUAUAAAUUUUUACUAUUGUAAACCUAAUCGUAAUUCAGCACUUUGCCUCAAUUUUUCGAAGGUGAAUAAACUAUCUAUCUUUCAUCAUUUAUGAAACCAAUCAGCUGAGUCUCACAAGAGUGGAAUUGUCGAAAACCAUGCUGAAAAUCGUUUUCAAUAUGAUGACUCUUAACGUGGCGAACAAUGAUGACAAUGUUUGAAAGUAAAAUCUGUCCCAUGAUCUUGUUCUAGAUGCACGUUAAGGCCGGAUGCCGGCUUUUAGUUUUCAGGCAACUGCUUAGUAUAGAUCUCUUCUUCUAGAUAGGUCUCACAUAAGCCUGCUUCCAAUCCGACGGCACUACACCAAACUGUAUAGAAGCUCGCCUGAUGAGAGGGAGAGAGAGACCUUUAUUAUUCAUAUCAGGGUAGCCCAUUGAGACCCCUUAGGCACAUCCUCGGAGACCCAGGGGCAGAUGGUGGGGGCGAGGGAAAGUCUAAACGGGUGGAAAAAUAUGGCACGAAGAAAAGUAAAGAACGGCGAGAAGAGCCCCUGGGGACAAUGUCUUACCAGACCAGUUCUAAACGGUCGCCGCCGUUCUGACUUCUGAUUGGUGCCAGAAAACGUUUGUGUUUUUCUGCUCAAUGCCUCAGGCACUGCUAUCAAUUGGGGCCCGGAUAAAAAUUUUUAUGAUAAAGCUCAAUAAAAACUAUACAGUUGUACUAAAAUACUCUUAAAAAUUGAUAAAUUAUACUAAAAGUUAAUCUUAAAAUAUGGGCUAUAUACAGUUACAGUAAACGUGAAUAAAAUCUUAAAACAUUGAAAAUUCAGCCUAUUAAGAGCCAAUGUCUGUAAUUUUCGAGAAUCGGUUGACAGUCAUGAAUUUUUGAGUUUCUUCAUAUUUUGCCCAAAUAAUCUCUAUAAUACACUAAUUUCAAAAAUCACGUUAAAACUUGUAACAGCUUUUUAUUUUUUCAGGAAUCAGGCAAAGUUUGAAAAACUCUAAAUCGGCGCUCUUUCGAGUAUGAAAUUAGCGAAAAUUGAGCAUUUUCUUCGCGCUCGUACAUAAAAACAGAAAAAUAUCUCUGCAUGAAAUCAAGUCAUAAAACAGACACAUAUUAUUACUUUAUAAUUCAGCAGUUAACUUUAAAUAAACCGUUUAAAUGUGACUGUACCGGCCGCAAGAAGAAACACAGUUUCAGCACUUUUCAAAAAUGGCAAAUUUGACCUAACUUCACCAUCGUAAAAACCUAGUUGGUACACGGAAUUUCAAUAUGAAACAAGAACUGUAUUGAAGCAUAUCCUUUGCUGUUGUUCGCGUUAAAAUAUUUCUGGCGGCAUUCCAAAUGCGCACCGUCGAGAGACCAAAACCUGAAGGGUAUUUUGACACCAGGAAAGCGCGUGCAAUAAGCAAUUCUGGACGCUUGGAAUAUUAAUCCUUCGCAAACGUAAGUUACUUCGACAUUUAAACCCCAGUCAGAGUUGUAACGGUUUCGCAUUAUACUUUGGCGUUUCUGUUCCGUUUAAAAUGAUUCCUUUCAACUGAUUUUUGCGAUAAACGAUAACGAAGAGACGAAUACGCAGUUCAAAUCACAGUUAGUAGAGAGGAAUAUUGUCGAAAUACUCGUUUGCAAUAGUUUAAAUCGCAUUGAAACCUUAAAAUCAGAAAAGUUAUUUACUUACCUGAAUUUAGAUUCUAGACGGAGUCACAGUACCGCUAACUAAAUUCUGCAUCACGGCAGAAUCGAAGUUAAGUUUGCACAUGUUUUCAAUCUGUCGACAGGAGGAAAGAUGACAUUCCGGAAGUGCGUGACGCGUAACGCGCCGGAAAAGAAAUUCCUGGUAUAAGUUUUUUACUUUUCAAGUCUUUGUUGUAUGUUCGUAUAGCAUCUCGCACAUAUUCAACUUGGUUUAUGGCGCCUGUGGCCCCAGUAAUGCUGAAUGUACUGCGAUCUUAGAAGAGAUGUCGUGAGUCCCUUGGUAUGCUCCUGACUUGUCAGUCACGUGAACAUGUAGGGCAAUAACCAAACAUCGACCCUACUACGCUAAUGAUAAAAGUACGGUUUUCUGCAUUUACGUUGGGUGAUCUUUGUUUGAUCCACAAAAUUGGCGCAUGAAAAUAAGAGUUUUUGCUCACCACCUCUAAAUGUUUGGUUCCGGGUAGCGGUGCAACAAGUCACGUGGUACCGUUCUAGAUCAACCUACAUUGAUUGAUGACUCUUUAUUACCUGAAGAAAAUGAUAUACGCAGACGUUUCCUGAGCGACGAAGGUGCAGCUUUUACACUCCUCUUUCGUUUUGAAAAUAGACGAGCACGCGAGCGAAGCGAGCGCGCGAGAGCGGAGCGCCUUGCUCUAACGGUCAAUAAAUCCCCUGCGGCUUUUAUUUUCAUACGCGAAAUCGACGAUCUCCAAAGAGAAAAUAGAUCGACGAUCUCUAAUGAACAAGUAGAGGGUCUGUGAACAGGCUUCGAAGGUACUUGCUAUUAUUUUAGUGAACUUUACAAGAGGUCUCCGGUGACUAUGCUAACGUCCUGAAAAGUCUACUUAGCUUGUUUAACUUUAGGGCAGGGGGAGGAGAUGGGUGGGUUGGUUGGCAUUGGGUUCUCCAUUAGGAUCAACCCUACACAUACAACAAUUCAUGUCUUUAUCACUACAUUUAGAGCUAGCAGACUUUGUUUGAUCCACAAAAUUGGCGCAUGAAAAAUGUUUGGGUUCCGGGUGGCGGAGCACAAAUCACGUUGUACAGUUCCAGAACAGCCUACUGGCCAUGCUGGCUGCUCAUUUAAAAGGGGUCCGUAAAGGCACAUUAAUUGAUGACUCUGUGCGGCCUGAAGAAAAUUAUAGACGCAUACGUUUUCUAAGUCACGAAGGUGCUGCCUUUACACUUCUUUUUCUUUUCGAAAAUGGCCACUGACUUCUCUGCUCGCUCCUCGCCGCUAGGCGGUCGUUUUUGCCCGAGAGAUACCACCACGAAGGAGUUUUAGCACACAAGUCACUACAGGUGCAGACCUAGGAAAAGGGCAUUCUCCAUCUGAAAUUUUAAAUCGAAAUGAAAGGCUAUUUUCAGCCUUUUCUCUCUUUUCUCCGCAACGUAUUUGGUUAAAAGAUAGUAAGUAAAAUGGCUUAGGCAUUUUAAAGCAUUUUUUUCAUUUACGCGACGGAUUUUGACGUUAUGAAAAAGAACUUGUCAGUGAAUUGGUCUAUUUUCUAGCCAGCGAACAAGUGCCGGGGGGUGAUGGCGGACAGAGCCAGGUGACUAUUCCUUUUCUUCAGGCGGGAGCUAGCAGUACGUGCAUUCUGGUCUAACCCCAUACUGUGUAGACUGGCCUUUAAGGGUCUCUGUUCGGGGGGGAAGGGGAUCAGAUAGUGUACAAUUCGUCAACAACAGGUUGAGGUCUUGCCAGAAGAUGCCAUUCCUGCAGAGGAGCAAAGCAAUACUACUUUCAGUAAUUUAAACAUGUUAAAUACUUGUAUUUCGCUCAUCAAAUGUGUCCAUUGUCCAUUGUCGAUUUUUCGCUCAUCAAAUGUGUCCAUUGUCCAUUGUCCAUUGUCGAUUUGUGGUUUUUCAGGAAUGUUCUUUUGCGGAGCGUUGGCCAAUUGUCUUUAAACAGUUUUACUCGUUUCCAUUCCCUGCUCUACCUUCAUGUUGCAUAUGGCGUACGUGUGUUCCUAAAUCCCUCAAUUCAUACUGAGGUGAUCGAUAAAGAAGUCUAUACGCCAAGCGGGGUUAAGAUUAGUUUAUUACAAGCAAAGGCUCAGAAGCCUAAGUGCAAAUAAAAAAACUAGUGUGAAAAGUUUUGCAGACUCGGCUUACUCUAUUUGUUUUCUUUCACUAUUUGUGUUAAAUUCGGCUGGUACAUCCUAAAAUCAAGUUUAGUUCCACAUGUUUUGGGAAUAUUAAAUAUAAAACUAAAAAAAACAGUGUUAUUAAAUUGUCAUUUUAUUUUUUCUUGUACACUCGUGCGAUGAUUUAUCCUUGUCUGUACAGUUGCGUGACCAGACUCAAAUUACACACGGGCUUUCCGUCACGCAUCACAGUGUUUAGUCCGAGGCUAAACGACGGGAGAUUUCGGUAAACUGCGGCCACUUGCAGUUGAAACGACUGUGGUAAGUAAUUCUUAGAGAUCUCGAAUCUCAUUUAGAGCUAGCACGCCGUUUCUAGCGGCUUUAUUUUGAGGUGCAGAAACUCGAGGUCAAUAUUUACACUCAAUGAGAAUUUAACAGCGUUGUCUUUUUCAGCUACUUGCGUGCAAUCAAAUGUAGUGUUAAUCUGCUUAGCUCUUUUUUAUAACCAUCAAAUUGAAAAGCGUUUUUCAAAAGAUUUUAAGAGCUUCCCGUAAUGUGCCCCUUUUAAAGAAACUAAGUUAGCCAAAACUUUUGUGUGCCUACACUCGCGGCUAGCUUGUUUCAGCGUUCCAACGUGCGAAACUACCCUGCACGUUUCGAUGUCUCAGCGACGCGCUUUUGUAAUGCCGCCAAAAUUUUUUUAAUGCAAGAAACGACAAAGGAUUUGCUUUAAAAUAGUGUUUGUUUUAUGUUGAAAUUCCGUGUACCAACUAGGUUUUUACGAUGGUGAAGUUAGGUCAAAUUUGCCAUUUUUGAAAAUUGCUGAAACCGUGUUUCUUCUUGCGGCCGGUACAGUCACAUUUAAACGGUUUAUUUAAAAUUAACUGCUGAAUUAUAAAGUAAUAAUGUGUGUCUGUUUUGUGACUUGAUUUCAUCUAGAGAUAUUUUUCCGUUUUUAUGUACGAGCGAAGAAAAUGCUCAAUUUUCGCUAAUUUCAUACUCGAAAGAGCGCCGAUUUGGCGUUUUUCAAAUUUUGCCCGAUUCAGGAAAAACUAAAAAGCCGUUGAAAGGUUUAAUGUGAUUUUUAAAAUAAGUGUACUAUAGAGAUUUUUUGGGCAAAAUAUGAAGAAAUUCAAAAAUUCACGACUGUCAACCGAUUCUCGAAAAUUACUGACAUUGGCUCUUAAAAAUUACAGAACCAUUGUAAUAAAAAGAGUUUUUAGCUAAGUAAGUUCUAACCCUUGGCAAGUGCAACAUGUUCAUUCGCCUCGUAACUCGAUUGUGGACAAUACCUCACAAAGCUGGAACAAUCACAGAGCUUUGUUCCUUCAGCACACGUGGAUGGACAUCCUAAAUACCAUCCUUAACAUGAAACAAACAGGCGUUACAAGUCUAUACUAAAGUAAAACCAACUGAGGCUUCUCUUCGAGCAGAGAUAAGCACACCAAGAAAUUCCCGCAAAGCCCUGCUUUUGAAAACGCGUUGAAUUCCCAAAUUAUCACUUUACCUGCAGGGGUCGAAGUGGCGAAGGUAAGGGAAGCUAGUGACAGAAAUGUAAAUUGCAAUGAUGCGGGAAACUUAGCAUUGGCAACAACUUUCUGAAAAAGCAGGUUGACACACAAGGGUAACUUACGGUGCUCGCUUUACUAUGUGUCACGUUAGAGCUUUGAAUCAACUCUUCAUACAGUAUAUUUCUCUUUUUCUUUUUUCAGGGUGCAAUAAACGGUAUUGAAUCUGGUGGAGUAAGAGUUGUAUCUGUUACAGAUGUUACUCCUGUUCCCCACAAUGGGUGCAGACCACGAAAAACAAGGCGGUUAUGA